GGGGGGGUGGUACAUGACAUCUCACUUUAUGUCGCUGGACCGGAAACGAGAGCGUUUUUUAAUUGAAUUGAUGUUUUUUCAGUAAAGACAGUUUAUUUUUCUCCAGAUUCGGAAGGAUAAUUCAUUGUUGAUAUUAUUUCAUCGCGGGGAAGUAGAUGAAAUGCAGAAAGUCCCCACUGUUAUCACUUCCUGAGUAUCUCCUCUUUGCAGCGUGAAAGAUGAGGAACCAAACAUUCAGAACUCAAAACUCUGAGGUGUCCUGUGUUGUCAUGGAGAGCUGCAUCUUACCGUGCAGCUUCCAGGGCGGCACUGAUGUGGUCAUACACUGGACUCAGGUGACUGUAGGAGACCUUCAUGUCCACUCGUUCUACCACAACCAAGACCAGCUCGCAUACCAGGUCCAGCGCUUCAGAGACAGAACAUCACUGUUCAAGGACCAGAUCUCCAGAGGAAACGCCUCACUCCAGCUGACAGGGGUGGAGGUUCAGGACCAGGGCAGAUACAAGUGUCACACCAGCGUCAUCAGAGGAAACAAGGAUUCAUUUAUCAACCUGAAACUGGACGCUCCAGUUGAUCAAGUCGACCUCCAGCAGGUAGACAACAGGAUCACCUGCAGCUCAGAGGGGAUCUACCCUGAGCCUGAGCUCACCUGGUCCACCAGCCCUCCAUCCAACUUGAAUCUCCAGCACAAAACCACCAAACAGAAGACUGAACAGCUGCUCUACAACAUCAGGAGUUAUGUGACACCUUCAGAUACUGAUACAGAUGUGGGCUACAGCUGCACCGUCAGCACUCGCAGAAACAGGAAGAGAGCCACCUUGUGGCAACUGUGCGAGUAUUAUCUGUCAGUGGAGCGGUGGAGCGGUUGAGAAGCCAAUUCAGGCAGUUAUGCAGGACAGGGGAUGUACAGAGGAUGACCGGGUCGGCUGGGUCCUGUGUUCAGUGGUUCUGUCCGUCCUGAUGUUGCGGACUCUUGGAAGCGAAGACUCUGAGGUGUCCUGUGUUGUCAUGGAGAGCUGCAUCUUACCGUGCAGCUUCCAGGGCGGCACUGAUGUGGUCAUACACUGGAUUCAGGUGACUGCAGGAGAUUUUCAUGUCCACUCGUACUACC